AGAUAUUUUGAAUAACAAAAGCGACUUGUGCAGAUGAGUACAGCUCACCAUGCCGGUGUACUCUACGCCACCAUAGUUUCUCUUGGACUUCCAUUCCAAUGGAGCCCCCCAAACGUAUUCAUCAUUACGUAUGUCGCAUUAUAUUUUGUGGCGGCUUGCCUCAUAAAAGAUAUUCCAGAUGUGGAAGGUGACAUGAAGUAUAACAUUCGAACAUUUGCGGCGAUAGUCGGACCUAAAAAUAUUACAAUUCUUGGAAUGGGAAUUUUGUUGGUAACUUUUAUUGGUGCUAUAGCAGCUGCCAUUUACUUGCCUCAGGCUUUCAAGGGUUACUCAAUGUUGACUGGUCAUUUAAUCUUUGCCUUAUUGUUACUUUUUCAGGUCCGAAAGUUGGACAAAGCAAACUAUGUCCAGGAAGCCAGCACAAAUUUUUAUCAAUUCCUUUGGAGGCUUCUUUCAUUAGAGUUUCUUUUAUUUCCUUUCAUAUGACAAAUUAGUUGCCCGUUAAUUGUAUGUUUUUCCCAU